CCGGAGCCGCUGCCACCGCCCCCAGCUCCCCCGCCGCGGGGAGGGCACCAGCCUGCAGCCCAAGGGUCACCUGCACUCAAGAGGACCUAAGUGGGGGCAAGAGGGAAGCUCCACUGAUGUGGAAGCUCCAGUCUUAAUGUGUGUCUAUUUUCCUGAGGCUCAACCUCUCCACCCCUGGAGCUAAGCAACAGGUCACUGCAUCCAGAGGGGCCCAGAAGAGGGAGGAGGCACUGCCUCCACUACAGCAGCUUCAUCCACGAUGCAGAGCAUCAAGUGUGUAGUGGUGGGUGAUGGGGCUGUGGGCAAGACGUGCCUGCUCAUCUGCUACACAACCAACGCCUUCCCUAAGGAGUACAUUCCCACAGUGUUCGACAAUUACAGUGCCCAGAGUGCGGUUGAUGGGCGCACGGUGAACCUGAACCUGUGGGACACUGCGGGCCAGGAGGAGUAUGACCGCCUUCGCACACUUUCAUACCCUCAGACCAACGUCUUUGUCAUCUGUUUCUCCAUUGCCAGUCCUCCCUCCUACGAGAAUGUGCGGCACAAGUGGCAUCCAGAGGUGUGCCACCACUGCCCCGAUGUGCCCAUCCUCCUGGUGGGCACCAAGAAGGACCUGAGAGCCCAGCCUGACACCCUACGGCGCCUCAAGGAGCAGGGCCAGGCGCCCAUCACACCACAGCAGGGCCAGGCACUGGCCAAGCAGAUCCACGCUGUGCGCUACCUCGAGUGCUCAGCCCUGCAGCAGGAUGGCGUCAAGGAAGUGUUUGCUGAGGCUGUCCGGGCUGUGCUCAACCCCACGCCGGUCAAGCGUGGGCGGUCCUGCGUCCUCUUGUGACCCUGGCACUCAGCUUGGAGGCUGCCCCUGCCCUCCCCCACCAGUUGUGCCUUGGCGCCUUGUCUGCCCCCAGCUGUGCCUUAAGGACUAAUUCUGGCACCCCUUUCCAGGGGGCUCCCAGGAUGCCUUCUUCUCUGAAUGCCUUUUUCUCCUUAAGGAGGCCUGCAGAGAAAGGGGCUUUGGGCUCUAUCCCACUCUGCUUGGGAACAUCAGGUACUCUCAUGAGUACACCCAAGCCAAGGUUGGACCCUGCCCCAAGAGUCCAAGCCAGUGCCCCUUUCCCCAUUUUCUGCUACUGACCAGUUCAUCCAGCUUUCCACACAGUUGUUGCUGCCUAUUGUGGUGCUUCCUCUCAGGUUAGGGGCUCUCAGCCAUCUCUAACCUCUGCCCUCACUGCUUAUGAAAUUGUGCCCCCAAGAGGCUCUCUUCCUUCCUCAAGGAAGGAGCCACAGAAUCCUGAGAAGAUGAAUGUGCUCUAACCUGCUCCAAUGUGCCCAGGCCAUAUGCAUCCGCUGACUGACUCAGCUCCCAUGCUCCUGGGGGCCUUUCCUACCCCCAUCAGCAUCAAUAAAACCUCCUGUCUCCAGUG